AUGUCUUGGAAUAGCGUCGUGGAAUUUCACCAGACAAUUCGCGGCAACGUCGAUCCUGAGUCAAUCCGCAUUGGAGCAGAGGAGUCCUGUAAGAUGUCCAACGGCUGGGAGAAGGACGAAGUCAAGCCCAAAAAGGAAGAGCAUCGAGCCACUGCUACCAAGGAGAAGGACGUUACAAGUCUCCGCAAUAUUGAGAAGACUACGAAGAGAGUUGGUGUGGGAGCUAGUGAAGGCAACGGAGACAUUUCGAAACGCGGGGCGAAGCAGGUCAAGAACAAGAAGUUGGCAACAAAUACCGAGAAGAAGAAUGACCGAAGAGUAGAGGCUCGUAUCAGUGAAUUGGGCGGCCUCUUGAAAGACAUUGGUUUGGAUGGAGAAUCGACCAAAGAGAAUGAUCCCCAGUCCACUGGGAAGGGCGGAGAUGCUGAAUUUGGUAACGGUUUUAGCAACGACUUGCGAGGAUCGUUCAAGUGA